CUAUUUACAAUAACAAUCAUAAAUAACAUUGCCAUCCCAACCCUUCUUUGAAAAGUUCCACUUAAAUCUUUCCUAUAUACUCGAGUUUGAUCAAUAAUUUCGUCUGAUAUUUAGUUUGACAAAUUCAUUUUUAUAAUAUCUCAGACAAACACAAAUUUAUUUUUAGUUUCAUUAAAGAAAGCUGUUAACAAAAUGCCUGUUAAUUCAGUUAAUAACAGUAGAAAAUCAAUAGAAAUCCAAUUGGAAAGGCCACGAGCAAAAAGUGCUUAUGAUACGACAAAAUCUCAAGGUGUUUCAAGUCCAACAGGACGAUCAAAAAGUGCUCUAACUCAGAACAUAAACAAAAAGCAACCUCGAGAUCCACCAACUGCAUCUGGAUAUUUAAAGUCAGGACUCACUGAAGCACAACGUCGUCGUGUACAGUUAAACAAAUCAAAAACAUUACCUAAGAGCGAACUUGAAAGGAUUCACAAUGCGGCUAAAAUAACCAACACCGACGAUAAAAUUGAAGCUCAACUGGAAAGAGAGGAAGCUGUCAAACGUAUCGAAGAAGAAGCUGAACGUCAAAAGCAGCUGUUCAAGCAAAUCGACGAAGCUAGACUUCAAGCCCGUGGAGUGAAAGACAUCAAAGAAGACCUUUUUGAAGAAGAAAGAGUUAAGGUUCUCGAGCAAUCUUUCAUCGCUAAGCAUGAGCAAGAGGAAGAAGUGAAGCGUGUCAAUCAGAUAAUGUUGAAUGCGAAGUGUCAUGCCAUUCGUGAUGCCCAGAUACAGGAAAAAAUCGAACUAGCUCGUGAACUCAAACAGGAAGAGAAUCGUUUGGAAAAAAUGAUGAUUGACCGUGCUAUGGCCGCCCUUCAGGCCGAGGACGAGAAUGUGAAACGAGAAAAAGAGAAAAGACUACAAUACGCUGCUGAAAUUAAAAGUCAAUUAAUGGAGAGGGAAAAUCUGCGAUUCCUCGAAGCCGAACGAAUCGAAGAAGAAGCUAAAGUUCUGUCAAUAGCCAAUGAAGCAAUCAAAAAAGACGAAGGACGCCGAGCUCGCUUGAUUAAAGAACGCCGUGAACAGCUGCGCUUGGAGCUCAAUCGCAUUUGUGAAAUGUCAAAUGUUUUCAAAAAGAUGCUCUUUGAGCAAGAACGUGAAGCCGAAAUGCGUAUUCAUGCCUAUAUGAAAGCCAAAGAGAAACGUGAACGCACUCUGGCCAUAGAGAAGAAGCUAGCUAAGCAAGCUUUUGAGCGGAAGCAACAGCUCUUAUUCGAUCUUCAACAAAAGAUAUUGGAAUCCAAGUCGAAGAGAGAAGAAAUGGCACUGACACGUCAACAGGAAAACAUCGAACGGGAAUAUCGUCGCAAGGAGAAGGAGGCUGCUAUCCGUAAGAAAGAAUUGGAAAAGACCCUACAUGAAGCACGAUUAGCUCAGCUUCAAGAUGCCAAACUUCGUGAGGCCUUACAAAUCGCUCGGAAUGAAGAUGAUUUCCAAAAACUUGUGGAGAAACUUAAACGUGAGGAAGCCAAACAGGCCAAGAUUGAAGAAGAACGUUUAAAGAACAAAGACCGUUAUCGUGAUGAGAUUAUAAGACAGAUGAAUGAUAAAGAAAACGAACGCCGUAAGAAAUACGAACGAGACCAGAGUGAGGCAGUUGAAUGGAUGGAACAAGAAAAGCAACGCGAAAGAAACGUCAGAUCAGUAAUUCAGGCGAAAUUGGCUUCGAUGCGUGACGCAAAUUUGCCAGAUAAAUACAUAAAGGAUGUUGAAAGACAAAUGCUGAAAAUUUCCGAACAGAAGAAAUCAUUGUUGUAAAAGGUUUCUGACUUUUAAUUCUACAUUAAUGCAUUUUUGAAUAUGUAAAAUUAUAAUUUUUAUGAAAAUUAACUAUGGCUAGAUACAAAAAUAAUCAAAAUAUUAAA